CCGCAUCUUUAUCCCCGCCGCGGUAUAGAAUCGAAUCAGUACACUAGGAAGCUUCAAACCUUAUCUGCUGAUCACGAAGAUAGCGCAAGGCCAUGGCAGCUUCGUAUAAUGUUUGCCAAAGAGCAAAGCCUACGUCACUGAAUAGCUUUGUCUGUUGCGUUCCCUUUGUCACCACAAAAAUCGUCGUAGGCCAACAUGGCACGUACCGAAUAUGUUUAGUAUUUCUUAACAUGCCUGUGAUGCAACUUGAAAUUUUUUGUAGAGAUCACACUUGUGGCGCCUUUAGUUUUUUAGCAGCAGCUUUCCGCCACUUAAAUUGUUGCUCUUGUAAGAUUUCUUUGAACGCAUCAUCUUGCCAUCAUAGCAAGCAUUUGUUGCAGCAGCUGUACAUGUACUGUCAGCACCGUGCCAAGUUUUUGAAUGUCAUAUCUCGAAAGUGUGAGAAGUUCUGGCUGAUCUAUAUUUGACUCAGUAGUGGCUUCGUGUUCUCUAAGCUUAACGCGAAAGAACACUAAUCGCUCUGCUUGAAUUUAGAGUCCGCAAGCCUGCCAACGUGGCAGAGACAAAUUGAAGCCACGCGGUGAUACUACCGCUAACCUACAACGAGCUUUGAUGGCAUCCAUUAAUCGGAAACAGCGUUCAACUUGCUGCACAAAACGACCAGUCUGUGGGUGACGCCAGAUAGGGUACUUCUUGGCGUGAUAGACGACGAAUAUGCCAUCAAUUUAUUCCUGCACUUGUGCGUCUGGGCCUACCAGUCUUUUCUGUAGCCGCUCAUGGGAUAAGACAUUUCUGUAGGUCAAUCAGUGUGAUGAUGGUCCAAAUUUGGCUCUUGUCGUCGUCCUCGGUGCACCAGGUGACGGGUAAAAUGUACGGCAGCAGUGUUGCGUACUUCUUCGACAGUUCACGAGAUUCUGAUAUUUUAACUGUGACGAAUCUGAGUAUGAGAACGAUAUUGGUGGUAAAACAGCCAACAUGUUGUUUAACCAUGGCAGGGUUUGACGCAUAGUGCUGCUCGUACAGCCCUCUCCGACACAGAAGAGAUGUCACUGUUUCAACGCGAGAAAAGUUUUCAAAUGAUGUUUCGAUUUUUACUAACGCUUUUAUUGAUCAACAUGUUUACGAAUAUUGUAACCGCCAUCGUGGUCCAUAAAAAAUAAUAUUCAUGGUAUAUUGACAAGCCAGAGAAAGACUUUCUCUUCGCAGACAGUAGUAACUCUGGGAGCUAUAUUGUUUCCGACGAGUU